UUUUCACAGCGAUUCACAGUGGUCCUGCCCUACUUCGUUCUUCAAAGCUGUCUGUCCAAGUGUUCUAUGCCUUUCAUUGGAAAGAACUCGCUUUGGUGGAUCUUGGGAAGAGAUGUCAGGAGUUAGUGCGGUGAGCUCGGCGUUGCCUGCGGCUACAACCCGUACCACAUCCUUCAAGGGCUCAUGCCCUAGCUCCAAGUACGUCAAGCUGAACGUGGGCGGGGCACUCUACUACACCACCAUGCAGACCCUCACAAAGCAGGACACCAUGCUCAAAGCCAUGUUCAGUGGCAGGAUGGAGGUCCUCACAGACAGUGAAGGCUGGAUCCUUAUUGACCGGUGUGGGAAGCACUUUGGGACCAUUCUGAACUACCUGCGGGACGGUGCUGUACCUCUGCCAGAGAUCCGGAGGGAGGUGGAGGAGCUCCUGGCUGAGGCCAAGUACUACCUGGUUCAGGGGCUGGCCGAUGAGUGCCACGCGGCAUUGCAGAACAAAGAUAUGUAUGAGCCGUUCUGUAAAGUACCCUUGGUCACGUCCACAAAGGAGGAACAGAGACUCAUUGCUACCUCCAACAAGCCCACAGUCAAGUUGUUAUACAACAGGAGUAACAACAAGUACUCCUACACAAGCAACUCUGAUGACAACAUGCUAAAGAACAUUGAGCUUUUCGACAAGCUGUCUCUGCGCUUCAAUGGCCGUGUGCUCUUCAUCAAGGACGUAAUCGGGGAUGAGAUCUGCUGCUGGUCCUUCUACGGACAGGGCCGUAAGAUCGCCGAAGUUUGCUGCACCUCUAUAGUCUAUGCCACAGAGAAAAAGCAAACCAAGGUGGAAUUCCCAGAGGCUCGUAUUUACGAGGAGACGCUCAACAUUCUCCUGUACGAGUCCCAGGAUGGGCGCGGUCCUGACAACGCCUUGCUGGAGGCUACAGGGGGCGCCGCGGGCCGCUCCCACCAUUUGGACGAGGACGAGGAACGGGAGCGCAUCGAAAGGCUACGUCGCAUCCACAUCAAACGGCCCGAUGAUCGCACUCACCACCACCAGUGAUCAGGCCGGACAACCAACACGGACGGGAUCUGCAGUCCUCAGUGGUGCCCCGUAAGAGAGGCCAUGUGAGAGAUCACUACUGCCAAAUGUAACCCCCCCCCCCCCCCCUCGGUUUCUGAAGUCGACCACAAGUGACCUCUGUGCUCCUGCAGCCCAGCCACUAAUAAACUGCUGCUAUACUCCAGUCAUUCAAAGCACCGUGGUUUGGGUGUUGGAGUUGACGUGUCAGCCAUCGUCAAUAUCAGUGUUUCCUAAAACCACCGUGAGCAAUAUUUUUUCUUCCCUAGUCAGAUACUUAUUUUACAAGGUUUAUUUCCCUGUGUUGUCAGUCUAUGUCUGUGUGUGUGUACUUGUGUUACUUGUGCCCAGUGGGAGAUCAUGUGCCUUAAGUAUAUAUGUUAGAGCUGCUUACAAUACGUUUCACUUUAUCAUGUCACUACAACGUUGCUCUGAUGUUAAUUCAUUUACUUUAUCGUGUCACGAAAAGGUUACUUUGAUGUUAAUUGUUUCAGGAUUGCUAGUUCUGGUCAAUCAGUUGAAUAUCAGUGGUUAUAGUUACAUGCUGUAUAACAAUAGCUUGUUUACCACAGCAGUUUUAGAUAAAACAUUUAUGAAAAUGUAUUCAUUAGUCAGAGUAGAAGUUAUGUAAACUCUUAAUUUUACUGCGUUUACAAAUUGGGUGCUUUUAUUUUCUGUGUAUUGAUUUCAUCCAGCAGAGGGUGUUACCUACAAAGACACUGAAUUGUAAUAGGUUAGGUUGAAGUUAUCCUGGAUCCUAGUCCUAGUUUUGGAUGGUUAAGGCUGGAUUUGGUGAAUCUAAUCUUAAAUCUUUACUUAGAGAAACCCAAGAGCAAUUCAUUAGAUCGAGUGGUGUAACUACAGUCACCUUUUACCCUGUAGUCAUGGAUUCAUUCUCUGUUGGCGUUCUGAAGAGCCUUUAAGAUGUCGGAUCACGUAUGCAUUCUGAUUUUCUUCUUUGUGAACAAAUUUAUAUAAUUGCUGCCUGUUAAGUAUUGCUGAAAGGUGACAUGGAAAAAUAGUUGUUGGAGAUCACACACAAAGUUACAGACUGAUUUCUUUGUCAGUGGGCAAACGUACAAAAGCAGCAGUGGAUCAAAUAAUCUUUUCCCUCACCAGGUAAUGAAACCAAGAAUAUCAGAAUCAUAUACAAAUAUUUCAGAUGAGGAUGUGUUUUGCACUGUAUAUAACAUAUUUUUCUUACAAUAAAGAUUUUUAUGAAUUACUAUA